UACCUAGUGGGUAUCGGAUUCUUAAAACAUGUAUAUAAGCUUCAUUGCGGCACUUCUAGCUUCUGAUAUUGCAAUUGCUUCUAUCUUAUACCUUAGCUUCUAGUAUUGCUUGUGUCUUUUUAUCUUAUAUCUUAUAUCAUACAUACACAUCUGCCACUAAUCGUCUCCCUUUCCUAGCCUCUAGAACCAUGGGUGAAGCUCAGAAACCAAAAGAACAUAUCUUGUGUCUUCUUCCUUUCCCCGAGGAUCCUAAGAUUUUGAAUAAGCUUCGUCAGAAAUAUAAUGUACAAUUUACAUAUAAGCAGAUAUUCUUUGGGGUAGGCAAGGCAUUAGAGCCCCUCGAAGUCCCGGAUGGUAAGAUACCACUUCAUAUACUCUCUACAUGCUAUAUCUCGCAGAUCAGAUUCCUAACCAGCUCAUUCGUUCUUCCAGAAACAUGGCACAAUGCAACGAUACUCGUUACUCUCUCAUCGUUCCCCCCUUCGGCCGAGAAAGCUAAAAAUCUCAAACUCGUCCAUCUCUUCAGCGCCGGCACAGAUCGAUUGCGCCAGACGCCCGUGUGGAACGAAACGGAAAUUCCCAUUACGAACUCCUCGGGUGUCCAUGGACCGCAGAUAUCAGAAUGGGUUAUCAUGCAAAUUCUUAGCCAUUCACACAGGGAGAAGCUUAUGCUUGAAUGGCAGAAGAAACACGUGUGGGGGAACUUUCAAGAAUUGGGCGCGAUGAGAGAUUGUGUGGGGCAGAGAUUAGGUGUUUUGGGAUAUGGUGCGAUUGGGAGACAGACGGCGCGGAUUUGCAAAGCUAUGGGUAUGGAUGUCAUAGCCUAUACGGCAUCGCCCCGUCCUACUCCCGAGUCGAGAAAAGAUAGUGGAAAGUAUAUCGUUCCCAAUACUGGUGAUGCAGAUGGUACGAUUCCUUCUGCAUGGUAUUCUGGACUCGAUAAAGCUAGUUUGCACCAUUUCCUCAAGCAGGAUAUCGAUGUUCUCCUGAUUUCUGUUCCCUUGACGCCUGAGACCCGUCACUUCCUUUCCGCUGCCGAAUUCGAAAUCCUGGGCUCCAAAACAAACGCUUUCGUCAUAAAUAUUGCGAGAGGUGGUAUUGUUAAUCAGGAAGAUCUAAUUACAUAUUUAAAGAAGCCAUUGAGUGAGGGAGGUUUGAGGGGUGCUGCGUUGGAUGUUACGGAUCCUGAGCCAUUACCCGAGGAUAAUGAGUUAUGGGCUCUGGACAAUGUGGCUAUCACACCGCACGUGAGUGGACUAGGGAUCACGUAUGCAGAGCGAAGCUUUGCAAUUUUGGAAGAGAAUUUAGAGAAUAUAGAAAAGGGAAGGGAUUUGAUCAAUUUGGUGGAUAGAAAAAAGGGGUAUUAGAUUCGGCAGAAAGGUUUGUGAAAUGUUAGACAGGAAAUGACUCCAAAAACUGGACCAUGAUGCGACUUCCCAAUUCGAAGCUUGUGGUAAAUAUUUCGGCUUUAUUGGCAGCUUAUAAAAGUUUGAAGAUAUACUAAUGAGCCUGUACAACACCGC